AACGUAAACGUUUCGCGGCGAUGACGACUGUAGCGGUGACGGAGUUCCUUAGUGAUUGAGAGUGUGGGUAAUUCACUACCAGAGCACAGACCGGCGAAAGAGCGCAGAGCACCACGUGUUUCUAUGGAAUGAAUAUGUUGUUUUGUUGGCAAUUUUGUAAUGCACAUUUCGAUUAUAUUCCAGUUGUAAAAUUGUAUAUUGAGAUAAGAUAGUGAGUGAUACGUUACGUUGUUUUUUGAUUGUAGAAUCGCAUCAUCAAAUGAAUUCGCGUGCAGUGCAAUGAAUCAGUAGGUAAAAUUUCGACGCUGAAACGUGUCAUUCAUCACCACGAGCUAGUAAUUUGAACCCCAGUAAACUCACCGCGACCGGGAAACGAGGUGCUCGAGAAAAUUAAAGCGACCAGGAAAUUUAAUUCGAUUAUGGUGAGCGGGCAACAAACAACCGUGUCGUUGUCGCUGUAUUGGUGACUAUGUGCUGUAACAGGAUUAUCGUGGAAUUCGGAGUACGAACACCGGCUAGGACGUGCCCGAGCUCGGUUGAGCGGACAUCAGUUGAUGCCGGUUCGCGUGGUCAAGCACUUGGGCGGCAGAACGGCUCCGGACAGGACUUCAGACAUUGUCAAGCAGCAGCAGAAUAUGGAUGUGGCCUGUUGCAGUUGAUGCACAGAAAUAUCUUAAGGACUUCUUCGAAUUUCAUCACUCAGUUUUUUUAAAACGGAAGAACCUUACUUGUGCGCCGAGCAACGUUGAUUGUAAAUCAAUGCCAAGGAUAGUGUAACGAUCAUCGCCGAGCACCGAGAGAGGGCCCUUUCGAUUUGUGAUUAGAAUAUCUCGUCUCGCGAUUUGUGAGGCCGUUGUCGUGGCUGUUCAACGUUAUUUGUACACUAGAUUAACAGCUUUAGGACGCUUGAAACUCUAAUUAAAGCUGUUCCAUUCCGUUGCCAGCGGGUCUGAUUUGAGUGUAAAUAACAAUUUAUUGGAAUUGUAAUCAAAAGGUGGAGGAUUCGGGAUUUUAAACCGAUAAUCAAAUAAACCCAUUCGUGCAUUAUAACUGUAGAAUUAGUAGAGUGGUGCAAAGUGCUUUUGAUCAAUAGUGUUGAAGGAGUGAGUUGGCUUAAACCGUUUCUGUAGAAAAAUGGCCGAAACGGUAAGGAUUUUUAAUGAUGCCACCAAACCGGUGGGCACAAUUGUUCCGAUUCCCACAAGCAAUGGUCUUUCGCCAAAGGCGAAAGCCGCUGCAACGGCUGAUCCCGAGCUCGUCCACGAUCCACCGGACGGAGGCACCCGAGCUUGGCUCGUAAUGGUGGGUGCAUUUCUGUGCAACGGCGUGCUGUUCGGUGUGAUAAACACCUACAGCGUGGUCUAUCUGAGCCUGCAGAAACAGUUGCAGGAACUUGGCGAUACGGAAGCGUCCAGCAAGGCAGCACUGGUCGGUUCGCUUACAAUUGGCACUACCUUCCUGCUGUCGCCGGUAUCGGGCAUCCUAACCGACAAGAUCGGCCUCCGGAGGACCACCCUGUGCGGAGGAAUUCUAACCUGCGGUGGCAUGUUUCUGUCCUCAUUUUUUACGCAUAACGUAUCCGCACUGUACUUCACCUACGGAAUUAUGUUCGGAUUGGGUGCGGCGCUGGCGUACACACCCUCGCUGGCGAUUUUGGGGCAUUACUUUAAAAAGUAUCUCGGCUUAGUGAAUGGCGUCGUAACCGCCGGAUCGAGUGUCUUCACCGCCAUUAUGCCAAUGCUGCUGGAUACGCUGGUGCAGCACACGGGAUUGGCCACGUCGUUCCGUGUUUUAUCUGUGAUCUCUAGCUUUGUAAUAUUCUGUGCUUUGCUGUAUAAGCCACUACAUCCGCCACCACCGCCGCCCAAGGUAAAACCUGGACGGUCACAAUUCAACACCAUGCUGCGAUCUUUUAUCAAUUUCGACAAUUGGAAGAAGAAAAAAUAUAUCAUUUGGGCACUAUCCAUUCCGAUCGCACUGUUCGGAUACUUUGUGCCUUACGUUCAUAUGGGAAAAUUUGUAAAGGAUUCUUUCCCUGGAGAAGGUGAAAAUUGGCCAGUUAUGUGCAUAGGUAUAACGUCCGGUCUUGGGCGGUUAAUUUUCGGUUUCAUUGCGGAUCUUCCGCGAGUCAAUCGUGUCCUACUGCAACAAAUGUCCUUUAUAAUGAUUGGCACAAUGACGAUGUUGCUUCCGGCCACCGGAUCAUUCCCGCUGUUGCUUUGCAUAGCCUUGGCUAUGGGAUUAUUCGAUGGAUGCUUCAUUUCACUGCUUGGACCUAUCGCGUACGAUAUAUGUGGACCUCGAGGAGCGACACAGGCAAUCGGGUUUUUACUGGGAUUAUGCUCAGUUCCUCUGACCGUUGGACCGCCGAUCGCCGGGAUGCUGUAUGAUCACCUCGGUUCGUACAAGAUUCCGUUCAUACUGGCCGGAAUACCUCCGCUGUUUGGUGCUAGUACGAUGUUCUUCAUUCGAUGUGUGAAGGAUGCACCGAGUAAACAGGAUUCGCUGUUGAAAGACCCUGCGCAUCAGCCUCUGGCUCAGCCUGCUUGGGAUUGUGAAAAUCCGGGUGAUCUAUCGAAUGGAAAACUCAAUGGACACAUUCGAGACGAACGUCGAGCAACUCUGGCCAGUUCAGAAUCACUAACCGCAGAGAGUAAAUAAACAAACUGAUUGAUUCGUGUACACGCUGUGUCAGUAAGUACACGGAUGUGAAAUAUGAAUGAUACAGGAACCAAAAAUUUAUCGUGUCAGCGUGAACUUAUAGAGCUUAGCAAAUGUGAUUAGAAUAAAUUAAUGAAAAAAAAAACAAACAAAAAAACUUAGUUUAGCUCAUAAUUACUUGUAGGCUGGUAUUGUUUGCACAUAGAGAUUCGAAAUUGAUAGGCAUCCUUCAAAGUAUAGGAAACAAAAGUCGAAUAUUAGAGGCAAAAGCGCAUAAUCUGCAUUUCUAUUAGAUUGCUAGUAGCAGUAACAAAUUUAGGAGAAAAAAUUAUAUUGUAUCAUAAGGUUGUACAAUAUUUAUGUUUUAAUAAAUAGGUAACUAUUGACUAGAAUUUUACAGAAUAUUAGUAUAAAUUCUUGUUAUGGAUCAAUUUUAUGAAGUAGAAAUAUAGUUUUGCU